CAACAGGGAAGUGUCAAGAUGGCCCCGAGUGGACUAAAAGCGAUCGCGAACGAAAAAAUCCUCAGUGGAGUCAUCAAGAGUGUGAAGAAAGAUGGGGACUGGAAGGUGCUCAUCGUUGAUCAUAUCAGUAUGCGGAUUCUGUCCUCGUGCUGUAAAAUGUCUGACAUCAUGGCAGAGGGUGUUACAAUUGUGGAGGACAUCAGCAAACGAAGGGAGCCGAUCCCCAGUCUGGAAGCCAUUUACCUCAUCUCACCUGUGCCAAAGUCAGUUCAUGCUCUGAUUGCGGAUUUCAGAGAGACAGCCUUCACUUACAAAGCAGCACACGUCUUCUUUACCGACACUUGUCCUGAUGGGCUUUUUGCUGAGAUUGGCAGGUCGAGGGUUGCAAAGGUCAUCAAAACUCUCAAGGAGAUCAAUGUGGCUUUCAUACCGUAUGAGUCUCAGGUCUUCACUCUGGACAACCCCAGUUCCUUCCACGCUUUCUACAGCCCAACUCAGACUAAUCUAGAUGACAAGAGCAGAAUGAUGGAGGCCAUGGCUGAGCAGAUCGCCACUCUCUGUGACACGCUGACGGAGUAUCCAGCCAUCCGAUACCGCCUGGGGCCAAAGGAGAAUUUCAGCCUGGCUGAGAUGGUGAUGGAUCGUCUGAAUGCACACAAAGCAGACAAUCCCAGAAUGGGAGAGGGCACAGAUAAAGCUCGCUCUCAGCUGCUAAUAGUGGACCGUGGGUAUGAUCCCGUCUCUCCAAUUCUUCACGAGCUCACCUUCCAGGCGAUGGCCUACGACCUGCUAGACAUUGAACAAGACAUUUACAGGUAUCAGACAGCAGGGAUCGGUGAGGCUCGAGAUAAAGAGGUGUUGCUGGAUGAGGAUGAUGAGCUGUGGGUUCAGCUGCGACACAUGCACAUAGCAGACGUCACCAAGAAGGUGACAGAGCUGCUGCGGGUCUUUUGUGACAGCAAGAGGAUGAACACAGACAAGGCCAACAUCAAAGAUCUGUCUCAGAUGCUGAAGAAGAUGCCGCAGUACCAGAAAGAGCUGAGCCUGUACUCCACUCAUCUGAACCUGGCUGAUGCUUGCAUGAAGAAGUUCAAGAACACGUUAGACAAGCUGUGUGAGGUGGAGCAGGAUUUGGCCAUGGGAUCAGAUGCCCAGGGCGAACCGCUUAAAGAUGCUAUGAAGAGUAUCGUCCCUGUUCUUCUCAACACAGAGAUCAAAGACUAUGAUAAAAUCCGCAUCAUACUGCUGUACAUCUUCCACAAGAAGAAGGGCAUCGGUGAAGAGAACCUCACAAAGCUCAUCCAGCAUGCAAACGUUCAGCAGGACAAGAACAUCAUCACCAACCUGCAGCAUCUAGGCUGCCCUAUCAUCACUGGGGGUGCUAAUUCUGGAAAGAGUCUGCCUGACAGGAAAGAGCGCACAGAAUCUACAUAUCAGCUCUCCCGCUGGAUACCCGUCCUGAAAGAUGUGAUGGAGAAUAUCAUUGAUGACAAAUGUGACAGGAAGCAGUGGCCAUUCCUGUCUGAGCCUGCACCCAUCACCACCACCGCAACUACAGUCAGCAGCGCACGGUUUGGACACUGGCACAAGAACAAGUCUGCCACAGAGUACCGCAGUGGCCCUCGCCUCAUCAUCUUCGUGAUUGGAGGAGUCACACAUUCAGAGAUGCGCUGCGCUUAUGAAGUGACCCGCGCCACUGAGGGCAAAUGGGAGGUUCUGAUCGGAUCGUCUCACAUUAUUACUCCAACCAGCUUUCUGAAUGACCUGAAGGAGCUGGACGCGUCUGCAACAAGUGUUGCACAGUAACCCCCUCUCACAGAUUCAUCCCACAUGUGAACAUUAAGAGUUUCUCCAAUGACCAGUGAAAAAAAGACACAUUUUAAAUCUGCCUCACUGAUUAUUUGCUGUCUUUUAAAGUAAUGAUUUUAAUUACGCAAAUUAACUGGUGGUAUAUGUGUGUGUAUAUAUAUUCAUGACCUAUGCUUAAUUUAAAAGAACAAUUAUAUGUAAGACCACAUAUGUGAACGUAAUUAGAAUUCUGAGGCUGGAAAUUGUCCACAUAAAUGGAUUAAAUCUCGCUCCGCUCCAUUGAAAUGCCAGUCCUGUCAAGUUUUGAUGUGAUUUAAGGACUUCUUUAGACCUGCACACUGGAACGAAUGAUCACACUGGAUUUAGAGAUAUUAUCUAUCGCCUUGUGAUUUAUCAUAAAGAAUAUACAUUUUUAUCUUACUUUAAAACUGCCAAUGUGAAAACUUAAGGUAUUUAAGAUGAGGCUGUUUGUAGUAGAGCUGUCCAAUUUUGAUUUCCAGUCAGGUUUGGUUAUAUCUGCCUCUCUUGGUGAAGGGAUGAAAUGUGUCAUCUCAGUAUAUAUACAGUAUGUCUUUUUUGUUUGUUAUGCUCUGAACUUGUGCACUUUUUUUCUUAUACUGUUACUGUAUCACAUAUAGAUGGAUGUGGUUCACUGGGUCUAUUUGUCUUUUGUUUCUGUUAACAUUAAUUCUAAAUAAAAUUUGCUUAUACCUCA